UACGCUUGGCUGCCUCCUUCCAGCCCCGCGUUCCCGGCCCCACCGGCCCGACUGCCUACCCUCAGCUCCCAGGCCAAGCCUUGGCCGCUGGUGGGCUGGGGAGAAUGCGGCGCCAGGCCUAGGGCUUGAUGCGCCGCCCCCUCUCGUCUCUGCCUUCAGUCCUAAGUCGUUAGUUCUUUCCCUUCGCUUCCAGUAGUCGUCUUUCACCUCUUCGCUUGGCGCUGUCGCAGCUCCGGACCAGCUCCUUCCAACCCCGAUAACCACCCGUCGUCAUGUCCCAGCCGGGGAUACCGGCCUCCGGCGGCGCCCUAACCGGCCUCCAGACCCAGAAUGGGGCCGCCUCGGCCUCGGGGUCUCUCUACACCAACGGUCCUAUCCAAAAUGCACUGAUGUCUUCACAAGGAUAUAAUUCUCAGCUUCCAGAAUCCUAUCCUCAUCUAAUACCAGCAAAGACUUUGAAUCCAGUCUCUGGACAGUCGAACUAUGGUGGUUCUCAUACUGUUUCUCCAUUAAGUAAUUAUCAGGGACCUGGGCAGACUCUUCAUAGACCACCUAUGGCUUCUAAUCCAGUGACACCUUCACUCCAUAGUGGUCCUGUUCCCCGAAUGUCACAACAUACUUCUCAGAACCCAUCUGCUACACCAGUGCCUUCUGGUGGCUUUCAUCCUGGAGCCAACGCACCACCACCUUUGAAUUGGCAAUAUAACUAUCCAUCCACAGGAUCACAGACAAACCAUUAUCCUCGUGUAUCAACUGGACCGACUAUGUCUGGGAAUACAAAUCUCACAAGUAAUCAAUAUGUUUCCUCUGGAGAUUCUUCACUUCAAAACAACUUCAUAAAAUCAGGUUCUGCACCCCCCUUAGUGAACCCACCUCUGCCUACCACUUUCCAACCAGGAGCUCCGCUUGGGCCUCCUCCGCCUGGAGGGCCACCUCCAGUGAGGGCCCUUAGUCCUCAGAAAUCAUCACAUAGGGCUGUGCCCCAGCCCGCAUUUAAUUCACCUAUCAACCAAGAAGGUAUUACAUCAAGUACCAAUAAUGGAUCUAUGGUGGUUCACAAUAGUUAUGAUGAAAUUGAAGGCGGUGGCUUCUUGGCAACACCACAGCUUACUAAUAAGAAUCCUACAGUGAACCGAAGUGUUGGAUAUUCAUAUCCCUCCUUACCACCUGGUUAUCAGAACACACAACCACCUAAUACAGCUGGAAUGCCACCUUCUUCCUUGAACUAUCCAAGUGGGCCACAGGCCUUUACCCAGACUCCCUUAGGUGCUAAUAAUUUAACCGCAAGCAUGAGUGGAUUAAGUCUACAUCCAGAAGGGCUAAGAGUUAUUAAUCUUCUUCACGAGAGAAACAUGCUUCCAGCAACACCUUUGCAGCCUCCAGUUCCAAAUUUGCAUGAAGAUAUCCAGAGACUCAACUGUAACCCAGAGUUAUUUCGAUGCACAUUGACUAGCAUUCCUCAGACUCAGGCCUUACUGAAUAAAGCCAAACUUCCUUUGGGACUGCUGCUUCAUCCUUUCAAAGACCUAAUGCAAUUGCCUGUGGUUACCUCCAGUACAAUUGUGAGAUGCCGUUCAUGCAGGACAUACAUCAACCCUUUUGUCAGCUUUCUUGAUCAAAGGAGAUGGAAGUGUAACUUAUGUUACCAAGUCAAUGAUGUUCCCGAAGAAUUCAUGUACAACCCUUCAACCAGAGCCUAUGGAGAACCUCACAGAAGACCUGAAGUUCAGAAUGCUACAAUUGAGUUUAUGGCUCCUUCAGAAUACAUGUUACGGCCACCUCAACCUCCAGUGUACCUCUUUGUAUUUGAUGUGUCUCACAAUGCAGUUGAAACUGGAUACUUGAAUUCAGUUUGCCAGAGUUUGCUAGAGAAUCUGGAUUUGCUUCCUGGCAACACUAGGACAAAAAUUGGCUUCAUAACAUUUGAUAGUACAAUCCACUUCUACAGUCUUCAAGAAGGUCUCUCUCAACCUCAGAUGCUAAUAGUUUCAGAUAUUGAAGAUAUUUUUAUACCUAUGCCAGAGAACCUAUUAGUAAAUUUAAAUGAAAGUAAAGAGCUUGUCCAAGAUUUACUGAAAACUUUGCCACAAAUGUUCACCAAGACCCUGGAGACCCAGAGUGCCUUGGGUCCUGCACUUCAGGCUGCCUUUAAGCUGAUGUCCCCAACUGGUGGUCGAAUGACUGUCUUUCAAACACAACUCCCAACUCUUGGGGUGGGAGCUCUGAAACCACGAGAGGAACCCAGCCAAAGGUCAUCUGCUAAGGAAAUUCACUUAACGCCAUCCACUGACUUCUAUAAGAAAUUAGCCUUGGACUGUUCUGGUCAGCAGGUAGCUGUUGAUCUGUUCCUUCUUAGUGGACAGUAUUCGGAUCUGGCUUCUCUGGGUUGUAUUUCUCGGUAUUCAGCGGGUAGUGUCUAUUACUAUCCCUCUUACCACCACCAGCACAACCCAGUCCAGGUACAGAAAUUACAGAAGGAGCUACACAGAUACCUCACCCGGAAGAUUGGCUUUGAGGCAGUCAUGAGGAUUCGGUGCACUAAAGGUCUUUCCAUUCAUACUUUCCAUGGGAACUUCUUUGUUCGGUCUACAGACUUACUGUCUUUGCCCAAUGUAAACCCAGAUGCUGGAUAUGCAGUACAGAUGUCAGUGGAAGAGAGUCUUACUGACACUCAAUUGGUUUCUUUUCAGUCAGCACUUUUGUAUACGUCCAGCAAAGGUGAAAGAAGAAUUCGUGUUCAUACUUUGUGUUUACCAGUAGUUUCAACUCUGAAUGAAGUCUUUCUUGGAGCUGAUGUUCAAGCAAUUUCAGGGUUAUUAGCCAAUAUGGCUGUUGACAGAUCUGUGACUGCCAGUCUGAGUGAUGCCCGGGAUGCCCUGGUGAACGCUGUCAUAGACUCACUCUCAGCUUAUCGUUCAUCAGUCCUAAGUAACCACCAGCCUGGACUCAUGGUUCCUUUUUCUUUGAGACUUUUUCCACUCUUUGUGUUGGCUCUCCUUAAACAGAAAUCAUUCCAGACUGGGACAAAUGCUCGUCUAGAUGAACGCAUUUUUGCUAUGUGUCAAGUGAAAAACCAGCCCUUGGUUUACCUUAUGCUCACAACUCAUCCCAAUUUGUAUAGAGUUGACAAUCUUUCAGAUGAGGGAGCACUCAACAUCAAUGAUCGAACUAUACCUCAGCCGCCUAUUCUUCAGCUUUCAGUGGAGAAACUGAGCAGGGAUGGAGCUUUUCUCAUGGAUGCAGGCUCUGUACUGAUGCUUUGGGUUGGAAAAAAUUGUGGACAGAAUUUUCUCAGUCAAGUUCUAGGAGUUCAAAGCUAUGCAUUAAUUCCACAGACCAUGACAGACCUUCCGGAACUUGAUACACCAGAAUCUGCCAGAACAAUAGCUUUCAUCUCUUGGCUCAGAGAACAAAGACCAUUCUUCCCAAUACUUUAUAUAAUAAGGGAUGAGAGUCCAAUGAAAGCAAAUUUCCUUCAAAACAUGGUAGAAGACAGAACAGAAUCUGCAUUUUCAUAUUAUGAAUUCCUCUUGCAUAUACAACAGCAAGUGAAUAAAUGAACAAAUGAAGAUAUUUGACUUAGUUAUUUCCAAGGAAAGUCACAAUAAUGCAGAAUACCCGAGAAUAUGUAAUACCUUCCUUUUCUAUUAGGUUUGUGGACUGAUGUGAUGACUGUAUGUUCUCACUGUGAUUUCAACAAACUAUAGCAAAUAAAGGACCACAGCAGAGAAUCAAACAUGCAACUCUGAAAUACUGUAUUUUUCAAAUCAGAAUAUAUCUACAUAUGAUUAGACAUCUUUUUUCUUUGCUGCCAAUUAUGUUUGAGUUGUUAUGGAUUGAAAUAAGAUGAGACAAUAUUGCAGAGGCAAAGUUCAUUUUGUAAAAUAAAGACUUCUGUGUUCCAAUUGUAUAUUUCUCUCUUUUUUUUUUUUUCUCCUGAAUUUUUGGCUGCUACAUUUGAAACCUCACAAGACUAGGUGUUGCAGGGAAGUUAUAAAUCCAUUGAUAAUGAUCUUUCUAAAAUAAAAUUUUAAAAUGUCAGAAGUAAAUAGUAUAUAGAAAAACUAGAAUCCAUUCUCCCAUACCUGUUUUUUAACUAUACUAAAACUAGAGUAAACUAACUCUAGUCUAGCAUGAAAAGAAGAAUAAAAAAUAACAGUCAAGCUUUAAAAUCUGUCAGUAUUUUCUAUACUUGAACAAAGUCACCUUCAUUUGAGAUGAAAACUAAGUCAUUUUCUGAUUGACUGCAAAAGACUUGGACACACUAUCUUCAGCAGUGAAAAGAAUCUGAGCUGUUUCAUUAUAUAUGUUAGGACUGGCAGUGAUAAUAGGGAGAUGAGAAACCUUAGCUUGACCCUUUGAAUGGGUUUUGUUUGCUCUAUGAUAUGUAAUAAAACUGUUAUAUUGGUGAAAUGAGUAUGAAUGAAAGAAAUUAAAGUUUUCUUAAAUGCUGUCUCAAAUGCAUCAGUAACAUUUUUCUAAGCAGCUUAAUAGUUAAAUUGAAAGCCGCUUAUAAGAUGUUUAUUCUUGGAUAGUAAAACUUAUUAAAGCAUGACUGCUGCUGUUUGAUUUUAUGGAUAUUAAGAUUACAAAUAUCCAGUAUAUUGAAGUUAUGAAAGAAACUUGAUUUCUGAACAUGCUCAAGAGACUGCUUUUUUGAUUCAGCCUGAGAAAUAUUAUAGUCAAAACCAUUAAGUGAAUUUUGUUUACAAAUAGGUAAAUUAUACAUCUGUAUAUUUAAAGUGCUGUGAUAGAAUUUCUUAAAAGAGUUUGGCCCAGUUUCAUCUUGUUUUGUAUGAACUUCUUAAAGAUGUUCAUGUGUAAUACUUGAUGAAAAGAUUUUUGUUUCUUUGUUUUCAUGGGUUAGAAAAAUGUGUUUACAAUCUUGGUCUCAUAUGAUCACCAAUGAAAUAAUAACUAUCAGGUUUACAGCAACAUGAGCUGACUUUAACUGAGUUGUUUUGGGAUAGGAAAGAAGCAAGUCCCACUAGAAUAUACACUACUGUUUAUCAGCCAGAUGAGAAUGAUCGUUUGUGUUUUAUAAAGAUACCAUCUCCCUUAAGCAGUGUUACAGUUUAUUUUCAGUAUGCAAGUGGUAAUUGAACUGGAAAUAUUCUUGAAAGCUGCUUCAUUUAUGAGGAAGCAAUUUUCAAAGUGUAGCAAAUUAAAAUAAAUUUAUAUUUUUCCCUCUUUUAAAGAAACUGAGUCAUUAUGCACUGAUGUUUCUUAACUAAAAUUCUCUUCUUAAUGUGAAUUUUAAAUGUUGAUAUUUGUAAGUCCUUUCUUAAUUGUAGUCAAGAAUCUUACGGAGGGAAAAGUUUGUGCUCUAGGGACAAUAAUCUUUCUCGUGCCUCACUUCAUCCCUAAGUGAGUAUGGUUGUUAUUACUACAUGCUUUGUUAGUAUAUUUCACAAAUUUACUUUUAAAAUUUAUUUUAGAUGUGUAAAAUGUGCAAUCUAGAACAAUUUUAUAAUAGCCAGGUCAUAAAAAACAUAACUUUAGUUAGGAUUCACAGUAUUUGUUCUCUGGAUAAUGAUGGAAUGAAUGAACCUUUUGGAGAUAUUGAUAUUAAGCAAUUAUUUUUUGCAGUAUGGAAUGUGUUUUUUAGUUUGAUUUUUUUUUUUUGCAGUAGGGCACUUAUCUCAUCUUGUAUUACUUUUUUAUGUAAAGCAACUAAUAUUUACACUAUGCCAUAUUUUUUUUAUCGUAGUUGUAAAUUAUGAAAGAUCCUUGAAUUUUCUACAGAUCUACAACUACUAAAAUAACAGACAAGGGCAAUCUUGGUAUUUAAAUCUGAGCAUGGCAAUUCUACCAUAAAAAAGUACUCUAUUUUUCUAAUUUCUAGGAUUUUUAAAAUAACAUUUCUGUAAGUCUGACAUAUUAAUAUUCACUCAAGCUGUACCAUUUAUUUUAGUUUGCAUAUAUUUCAUUAUUUUAAUUUAAUGUAAUGUAUUGUCUAAUAGACUGUUUUACAAUAAUUCAAAUAAAAGAUUUAUUUCUUCUAAUCAAAGAUGCAUAACAGCUAUUAUUAUCUAGGGGACCACCAAAUGUGAUUUCAAGAUUUUGUUAACUAUUACAAAUAUAAUCCUUAUAUAGAAAUUUUAAUUUUGUAAAGUAGUGUAUAAUAUUGUAACAUUAAAUUCUUGUUCUCAAAUUCAAGUAUGGAUCUUCAAUGUGCUGUGUUAAAUCUUGCUUCUCGAAAUGUUAGAGACAAGAUUUGUCUUCCUUUUUACAGUUUGUAAUUUUCACUGUUUUAUUCCUGUAAAAAAAAAAAGUCAUUUGUAACCCAUGCAAUCGUUUGAACUGUGCUAAUUUAAUCAAUUUGGCUAUUCAAUAAAGUUAAUUGAAAGAGCUGA